AUGGCCACUUCUUGGGCGGACGAUGUGGAGGAUAGCAACCUCAACGAGCCCAGCUACGAUGUUGAAGUCACCGUAUCCAACCUCGACGUCGACACCGACAACCCUCUGUCGUCGGCCAAGACCUUUGAGGACCUUAAGCUCUCCGAUGGCAUCUACAAGGGCCUCCUCGCCAUGAACUUCAAGAAGCCCUCCAAGGUCCAGGAGAAGGCUCUUCCUCUGCUUCUCUCCAACCCUCCCCGCAACAUGAUUGCCCAGUCUCAGUCUGGUACAGGAAAGACCGCUGCGUUCGUUAUUGCCGUUCUGUCGCGGGUCGACUACUCCAAACCACACCAGCCCCAGGCACUCCUUCUGGCCCCCACCCGGGAGCUGGCCCGCCAGAUCCAGAACGUCGUCAAGACUGUUGGCCAGUUCCUCCCCGACCUCAUCGUCGAGGCUGCCGUUCCCGGUGCUGUCGACCGAGCAACUGGUGUUAGAGGUUCCGUCGUUGUCGGCACGCCUGGCACUGUCAUGGACACCAUCCGCCGCCGCCAGUUUGAUCCGCGAGAGUUGAGAAUCUUCGUUAUUGACGAGGCCGACAACAUGCUGGACCAACAGGGCAUGGGCGAGCAGUGCAUGAAAGUCAAGAACAUGCUUCCCAAAAACAUCCAGGUCCUGCUCUUCUCGGCCACCUUCCCAGACCGAGUCAUUCAGUAUGCCGAGCGGUUUGCGCCCAAUGCAAACUCCAUGCGGCUCAAACAGCAACAGCUCACUGUCAAGGGCAUCUCACAAAUGUACAUGGACUGCCCGUCCGAGUCUGACAAGUACGAUGUUCUUGUGAAGCUCUACGGCCUGAUGACUAUUGGUUCAUCGGUCAUCUUCGUCAAGACCCGCGAAUCGGCCAGUGUUAUCGAGCAAAGAAUGAUUGCCGACGGCCACAAGGUGUCAGCCCUGCAUGGCGCCUUUGACCCCGCUGAUCGCGACCGUCUCCUCGAGGAGUUCCGCUUGGGCCGCACCAAGGUUCUGAUUACGACCAACGUCCUGGCCCGGGGCAUUGACGUAUCCAGCGUGUCUAUGGUCAUCAACUACGAUAUUCCCAUGAAGGGUCACGGCGAUUCUGAGCCCGACGCAGAGACUUAUCUGCACCGUAUUGGCCGUACAGGUCGUUUCGGUCGUGUGGGCGUCAGUAUCAGCUUCGUGUCGGACCGCAAAAGCUUCAACGCCCUGGCUGAGAUUUCCAAGCACUACUCAAUCGACCUGGUCCAGCUGAGCCCGGACGACUGGGACGACACCGAGGCAAAGAUCCAGGAGGUGAUCAAGUCGAGUCGCGCCCAGGAUACUUACAAGCCCGAGGACCUCCCCAAGGAGGUAGAGAAACUCGCGGUCGGAAACCAAGCUCCCGCAGCUCCUGCUUCGGAACCUACUCCUGCUCCGGCCCAGGCCCCGGCCCCGGCAGCUCAGGGCUAG